ACACAAGUCCUGUUAAUGUUAAAUAUCUACAAGCAUAUUGUCGCUGUGCGGAGGCUAUUUACAAUUAUUCUGGAGUUCAAUCCGAUUAUAUGUGAUGGGGCUCAUAUACGGAGAUUUUUUUCUGCCACUUAGGGCAAUUCCAAGUCAUAGUGCUCGAAGAGCCUUGUUUGAGCACUAUGUCAGAACUCGCGCUGAAGAACAGCGAAAGGAGAGAAGGGCCGCUCAAAAAGCUGCAGUUGAGGGGUUCAAGAAAUUAUUAGAAGAAGUGAAGGAGGAUAUUGAUGAUCAGACUGAUUAUCAAACAUUCAAGAAGAAGUGGGGACAUGAUCCGCGCUUUGUGGCCCUGGAGCGAAAAGAAAGAGAGGCUCUGUUGAAUGAAAGGAUCCUUCCACUGAAGAGAGCUGCUGAAGAGAAGGCUCAAGCUAUUCGUGCAGCAGCCAUUUCUAGUUUCAAAUCAAUGCUCAAGGAAGGAGAUAUUACUUCAAAUUCUCGCUGGUCAAAGGUUAAAGAUAGUCUGAGGAAUGAUCCUAGGUACAAGUCUGUUAAGCAUGAGGAUAGGGAGGCUUUGUUUAAUGAAUAUAUCGCUGAAUUGAAGGCUGCUGAAGAGGAGACGGAGCGCAUAGCAAAAGACAAAAAUAGUGAGGAGGAUAAACUAAAAGAAAGAGAACGAGCAUUGCGCAAACGGAAAGAAAGAGAAGAACAAGAAGUGGAGAGAGUGCGAUUGAAAGCACGUAGAAAGGAAGCGGUUGAAUCUUAUCAAGCUCUUUUGGUUGAGAGCAUUAAAGAUCCUCAGGCAAGUUGGACAGAGUCAAAGUCUAAAUUGGACAAGGAUCCCCAAGGACGUGCAGCCAAUCCUAAUCUAGAUCAAUCCGACUUGGAAAAGCUUUUCCGUGAGCAUGUGAAGAUUUUACAUGAGAGGUGUGUUUCUGAGUUCAGAGCUCUAUUAGCCGAGGUUGUAACUUUAGAAGCUGCAGCUCGAGAAAAAGAUGGCAAAACAGUUCUUACGUCGUGGUCAACUGCUAAACAUCUUUUAAAAGCUGAUGCUCGGUAUACAAAGAUGCCAAGGAAAGACAGGGAGUCCUUGUGGAAGCGACAUGUAGAGGAUAUUCAGCGCAGACAAAAGUCAGCACCUGAUAGAGAAACGGAGAAGCACAAGGAUGCGAGAAAUAAAAGCUCUGUUGACUCUGGUAAAAAUGUAAUGGGAUCAAGAACUCAUGAUAAGAGGUAGUCAUUUUUGUGGCACGGUUUACCCGAUAAACAGAAUCAGACUUCUGAUCGGCAGUCAGUGUCUAGUGGAUCAACAAAAGCUAUGUAAAAUAGUGGUUUUAACUCUGGUAUCUGAGAUUAUAUUACUUCGGAGUAUCAUUUAAUGGAAAUGAUUUUUGUUAUUCUUUGAAGGG